AUGUACACCCUACUUCUUUUGACUCUGUUUUCAACAGCUUACGCUAAUGUAGUCUUCGAUUCUAAGUGUCCUGAUAUCAAAUCUGUAGAAAACUUUGAAUUUUCGAAGUUUGGAAUCGGUGAGUGGUAUGAAAUUGCAAGGUACCCCAUUGAUCUUGAAAAGGACUCCAAAUGUGUAAAAGAUGUCUACAGUUGGAUGGGAGACCAUGCUAUGGUGAAGAGUAUCUUAGUGCAAAAUGGCAAACAAGUUGAAUUCAAGGGUAUCAUGAGAUCAGUAGUAGAGGCUGGAAACUCUGGAAAACUUUCCUGUUCCAUAUCUAACGGAAGCAUAAAAUUCGACACCGACAUUUACAUUUUGGAUAUUGACUAUGAUAAUUAUGCUAUUGCUUACAACUGCAAAUAUGAUGAAGAGAAGAAAUCACGCCAAGACUUUGCUUGGAUAAUGUCUAGGAGCAACACUUUAAGUCCUGAGAUCAAAGCUAAAGUUGAGAACUUCGUGAAAGAAUCUGAAUUCCUGCACUACGAUAAAUUCAUCUGGCCUGAGACCUCAUGCGUACUUAACUAA